CGAGUCUCGGAAAAAAUCGCUUGCUGCAGAGCAAAUCUUCGUUCUCGCGUACCGUGCAUUAGUAUCAUCAAUAGUUCGUUGCUGUCCGCAGAUUAUGGCCACUAACAACUAUUUUGGGUUUCCCCACGGAGCGACGCAGUACGGGACAACCGCUACCGGAACAGCCUAUUCGACGACACAAACGGGAUACGCAGUAGCACCGGCACCGGCACCAGCUGCCGCUUCGUACGGGACGGCUCGUCCGGCAGGCUACGAUCAGCCCUAUCAAACCGCUUCCGCUCCGGGAACGUACGCAACUACGGCAACAGCAGCAACCUACGACUACGGUUACGGGCGCACGACGCAGACGUACGAUACAUCGAAAACGUACUACCAGCAGGCACCGGGAGCAACGGCCGCUUAUACUGCCCCGACCGCGUACGACGCCAGUGGCAGUGCACCAAAAGUGAUUCCUACGUUCCAGACGCCGCAUUCUGCCGCUUUCCCGAACGAAGCAAUACGCACCACACUACAACCGGCCAAACCGGCCACACAGUAUCAACCCGCUCAGCAACAGCAACCACAGCAGCACGCGGCUCCCGCACAAACGCAGUCGUACGUGCCGGCGCUAUCAACGGGCUACUCGCAGACCGUCACCACUGUGCACUCGACCCCCAAGUCGGCAGCCAUUGCCGGGCCGGUAGCUCCAAAUAACUCGAACACCUACUCAAACUACGACGCAGCCUUGUACAGUGCGGCAACCAUGUACGUUGCCCAGCAGCAGCAACAACCGCACAACAACAAAGCUCCCUCGAAUGUGCCCGGUCAGCAGGCGGUAUUGGCGGGUGCACCGGUGCCCGGCGGUGCCGUCAUGACGGGUGGUGGUGCGGGUCCUGGAGUAGCUGCCGGCGGUGCGUCUUGGCAAGGAUAUAAAAACUCCAAGAUGAUGUCUGGAGGCCACGGAGCAUUCCACUCGAAGGCACGCAAAGCGGCGCCAAAGCCAAUGUUCAUACAUUACUGUGAUGUAUGCAAGAUCAGCUGUGCCGGCCCGCAAACCUACCGCGAGCAUCUCGAGGGACAAAAACAUAAAAAGCGGGAACUGCUCAUGAAGCAGGCAGCGGAACCGGGUGGCACGGCGCCGGCUCGUCCCCCGAACAGCCUCCACUGUGAGCUAUGCGGUGUGACGUGCACUGGAAACGAUGCCUACGCCGCCCAUGUCCGCGGUGCCAAACACCAGAAGGUGGUGAAGCUGCACACCAAACUGGGCAAACCGAUCCCGGCCUGUGAUCCAACGCCGAAUGCCGAUGAGAAGAAGGAAGGCGGUGCCGUAGGAGGCGAGCAAGCGGGUGAAGGAUCUGCCGUAGGUGGUGGUGGCGGUGGUGUAGGUAGUGCAGGGGGAGGUGAAUCGCUGGAGGAAUCCGUUCGCCCCGUUGGUAGUGAGUUCAUUGAAGAAAUCAAAGACGAGGAAGGAAAGCUGGUAAGCUUCAGCUGCAAGCUAUGCGAGUGUAAAUUCAACGAUCCAAACGCGAAGGAAAUGCACAUGAAAGGUCGUCGUCAUCGUUUGCAGUAUAAGAAGAAGGUUCAACCGGACCUGGUGGUCGACAUCAAGCCUACGGUGAAGCAGAAGAAAAUUGCCGAAGCUCGAGCUCACCGUCAGGCGAUGCAGGAGGAGUUUUGGAACCGGCGUCGCAUGGCGGAUGCCGAGAUGGAGGACGAUCACGGUAUGCGUACGUUCGGGCGACAUCCGUUCUUCGGGAUGCUGCCGGGUCGGCGCCCGGAGUCGUCGGACGAUCGACAUGUAGUCGCACGUCAUGCCGAAAUCUACCCCAAGGAGGAGGAACUGCAAACCAUCCAGCGCAUUGUGUCGCACACGGAACGUGCCCUGAAACUGGUUUCUGAUGUAAUGACUAGCGGUGGUGGUAGUUCAAUGGUCGCAGAACCUGCCGUUUUAGCAGCUGGUGUUGCUGACGGCGGUGGUACGUCGUCCGAAGGGGUUAAGAAACAAGAGGCAGGAAACGAGCAGUCGAAGGAGCAAUCGAUUCAAUCGCAGCAACCAUCAACAACACCCUCCGGUGCAGCCGGUGGAAAGUCCGGCCAGGCCAAUCAGAUGAUUUCCUUUCACAAAGAAGCUGAAGGACCGACGUACCGUUUGCUCAAGGGUGUUAUGCGCGUUGGUCUACUGGCUAAAGGCCUUCUUCUCCACGGAGAUGAUGUCGUGCAGCUGGUAAUGCUGUGUGAAGAAAAACCGACAACGUCGUUGCUGAAGCGCGUAGCUACUGAACUACCGAUUCAGCUGAAGAAAAUUGCCGAAGAUCACCGUUACACUGUGACAAUGGCUCCGGUCGAGGGUGCCGUGCUGGUUACCGACGGCACGAUGACGGUAAAGAUAUCACUCACUUCUCCAUUGCUGCGCGAAGUAAAUGCAUCCUCAGCGGAACAGGCUGUGCAAUGUACCGAAGAUCUGCUGCCACGCGAGCCCUGUCUGCAGGCGCUAGCCGCUCUUCGUCAUGCUAAAUGGUUCCAGGCUAGAGCAACGGGACUACAAUCUUGCGUGAUGAUUAUGCGCAUUAUGCGUGACCUGUGCCAACGGAUACCUAUCUGGGGCCACAUGAGCCAGUGGGCGAUGGAGCUGCUGAUCGAGAAGAUUAUCUCGUCCGCUGGAGACGCACUAACGCCGGGUGAGUGUUUGCGCCGCGUCAUGGAAGCCAUCUCGUCCGCUAUCCUUAUCAACGGUCCAGGGCUGCUGGAUCCGUGCGAAAAGGAAACGGAGGAUGCGCUGGCCGGUAUGACCAAGCAGCAGCGCGAGGACAUCACGGUUUCGGCCCAAAUGUUCUUGCGCUACAUUGCGUUCCGGCAAAUCUACAAGGUGCUCGGUAUUGAUCCGUUGCCACCGCCAAAGUUUGCCGGUAACCGUAACUGGCGUUUCAACCGCAAGCGCCGACGCUCCGGAACGGAAGGCAACGAAAAUGAAGCCGAUGGUGGUAAGAUGGUUAAGAAGGAAGAUUCCGCAUCAAGCUCUGCUACGGGUGCAACAUCAGCUGGUGCUAAUAACGCCAAUGCAGCAACCGCCAUGGAAACGGAAUCAUCGAAGUAGAAGAACCAAACCAAACGAAAAAGGAUUUCGCUAUGGUGUAAAGGUAUGUGCUAAAUAAUCAAUCGCGAUGGAGACGAGUGUGAAAGUAUUCCUACCAUGGGGGCUAAUUGUGGUGUGAUAUUUAUAAUAACCCUUUUACGAACAGAUAACAACACCGUUCAAUGUUACAUUCACCGUUACGAUACAUUUUAUGAGCAAGAAGAGAGCGGAAACCCAAGGUGUAUCCUAAUCGAGGCGACCUCAAAAUCUUAACGCUGUCCCUGUGAUGAUAGCCGCUUCCCAUAAAUUCAAGCUAUGCACCUAAAACAAGCAACGGAUAGUAUUUGAGCAUUAAAACAAGUAAAAUUGUUUUGUCCUAGACGGGGUAGCAAGGAAAUUAAAUAAGGUCAUUAUAUUGGGAUUUACUCAGGCGAAACGAGACCGAUGCGUUGAAAGAUGCAAAGAAAAAUUACUAGAACUAUGAAUAAACUUAUCCAAUUAUUCGAUGUGUUGUUAGUCAGUAGAUUACAAAAAAAGGAAACACGUUUUUCACCCAACACCUCUUACUGAAACCAGGUACACGUUAGGAUAGUACGUGGCUGGACUAGCUUGCGUAGAAAAAGGAACCAUUUUGACAUUUUCCUAUCUCAUACACUACUAUAUAAGUUCCUUUUAGAUUGUUGGAUUCUGUAUGAAUUCAUUUAUAGCGUCCUAUGGGUAUAUACGAGCACUAUUGCUAGUAAUAUCUUCCUUUUCCUUUUUACUGCAGUUGAAUCCCAACCAGCGGCAAUAGGUGGUAAAGCUGUCAUAUAUAGCUAAUUACACGUUUUAACAUUAAACCAUGUUCAAUUCAUGUAUCAGAUAAUGUGUUUCUCAGUUUGCUGACAUUCAUUUAAUUAUAAAGUAUCCGCACAGAUACCAAGAUACAGAUGCUGUGCGGAUACUCGAUGAACUAACUUUAUUGUAUGAUGCGUAGAAAUGAAACGAUUGAUAUGAUUGAUAAAAUCAUUUGAUAUGCACCAUUUGAUAAACUCAGACCAUUAUUCGUAAGAGUCUAAUAAAGAAAGAGAGAGAGAGGGACAAGGGUUAACAAAUUAUCCUCUUAUACACCCUAUUUCGGAAGAAAAUAUUUAAAACCUGGAAAAAGCAGUAGGAUAGGAAAGUUGUAGUAAACGGGUGGUUUAAAUAAAACACUGGAAUCAGAGGAUGGUAAAAGCUCACUUGCAACUUCAGAGGAACUACUCUGCUUCAUUAGAUAGGAUGAGAAAUCGAAGAGUUGAGCUACACGGGAAACAAUAUGUAUGAACUCUUAGGUCGACCCUGCGGGAGGUUAUAAGAUCAGCAAAUUAUAGAUAUCUACGAUCAUCAGUCUUACUGCAUGGAAAGCAGCAAGAAAUUUUAACAAUUACACGUUCUGACUAGGUACUACCCAGGUGGUUACCCUGCUAGCAAACCCCUAGGUAAAGAGACGAUAAACAAGAUGUUGCCUCCUACUAGUAGACAUCAAAUUGAACAUUUGAAUUUUGAAAUAAAGUAACCCAUCAAUGAAUUACCUAGCAAA